AUCCACUCUUUAUUGUCAUUUUUGCAUUUUAUGUUAAUUUUUCCCAUCUUGGAUAUGUUUUGUUUUGUGUUAAUUUCAUUCUAAUUAGUGUAAAGAUCCAAUGUUUAUUGCAUUUGCUGCUGUUUUUAUGCUGAUUUUCCCAUUUGGGGUUGUUUUAUUUUCUGUUAAAUUUCAGCUCUUGAUGUCCUUAGCUGGUAGUUUGAGCAUACUUUCUUUGUUGAGUUUGGCUUAAUUUCAAGAACCCCUUCUUGUUUUUGGGUGUAUAUGUGUGUGUAGUUUUUCUUGUGUUUUUGUGUGUGGUUUUUCUUGUGUUUUGGGGGGCAACUCUUUUGGUUUUAGGAGUUAAACUUGCUGCCCUUUGGAUGGUUCUUGAAAAGGAACAGUUCAAGAAGGUUCAAUUGGUUGAAAUGAAUUUCUAGAUUCGCGAAUUUAUCGACAUCAAGUUGAUAAAAAGAACCAAAUUCUUGUUCAAUUUUCUUGAGGGGGUGGUUUUUGUUUGUUUUUGUGUGGUUUGAGUUGAGCUUAAAUGAAGCAUUGAGUAUUCGUAUAGUCGAUCUCAACUUGUAUGAGACUGUGGCGUAGUAAUAGUAGGAAGUGAUAGCAAAUUUAUUGACAUCAAGUUGAUAAAAAGAACCAAAUUCUUGUUCAAUUUUCUUGAGGGGGUGGUUUUUGUUUGUUUUGUGUGGUUUGAGUUGAGCUUAAAUGAAUCAUUUGAGUGUUUGUAUAGUCGAUCUCAACUUGUAUGAGACUGAGGCGUAGUAAUAGUAGGAAGUGAAGUUUUGGUAUUUUGGGGGCUGAGAGAGGUGAAAUGGAGGAAAUAGAAGAAGCGAAUAAUGCUGCCGUUGAGAAUUGUCAUAGAGUGAUGAGUCUUUUAUCGUCUGGAACACACGAUCGGAAUCAGUAUAUGAAUUUAGUUAGAGAAACUGGAGAAGCAGUAAACAAGUUCAAGAAAGUUGUCACUCUUUUGAAUUCAACUUUAGGUCAUGCAAGAGUGAGGAAAUCGAACAAAUUCAAGACCCCUUUACCUCAUAACAUCCUUGUAGAAAACCCGAAUUGCAAAAUCGAUGAUCAGGCGAAAGCUCUUAGGUCACGUCCUAUCGAUGAAAAUCGAGUCCUAGAGAUGGGGGGUACUAAUGUGAAAUGCAAUCUUACUUUAGGAAGACCUUCUUUGGAAUUAAGUUCAAAUAGUAGAAAUCCCCUUAAUUUUGGCCAACAAACGCAUUUGCCGAGCUACAACUAUCUUCAACAGCAGCAGCAGCAACAACGGCUGUUUCUACUUCAGCAGCAGCAAUUGAAACAGCCGGCGGAGAUGAUGUACAGGCGGAGCAGUAGUGGCGUUAGUCUAAAUUUUGAUAGCUCGACAUGUACUCCGACCAUGUCCUCGACUAGGUCUUUUAUCUCCUCAUUGAGUGUGGACGGUAGCGUUGCUAAUGGUAGUAACUUUCAUUUAGUUGGGGCUUCACAAUCUUUGGAUCAGAGCUCGUUCCAACACAAGAGAAGGUGCUCGGAAAGGGGAGACGAAGGAAGCGUGAAAUGUGGAAGCAGUGGGAAAUGCCACUGUUCAAAGAAGAGGAAACACAGAGUGAAAAGAUCAAUCAAAGUACCUGCUGUAAGUAACAAGCUAGCUGAUAUUCCUUCCGACGAGUAUUCUUGGAGAAAGUAUGGACAAAAGCCGAUCAAAGGUUCUCCGCAUCCUAGGGGAUACUAUAAAUGUAGCAGCAUGAGAGGCUGCCCUGCCCGGAAACAUGUUGAGAGAUGCUUGGAAGACCCUUCAAUGCUUAUCGUGACUUACGAAGGUGAACAUAAUCAUCCCAGAAUGCCAUCACAAUCAGCUAAUACCUGAAAACUAUUGGGAAAAAUUUAAGAAAGCUGAUCACAAUCCUCGACAGGUUUUGUGUACUUUGUUAUCGAUUGGCUUUGUUGUUACUGUACAUAUGGUAUUUCGAAUGAUAAAACAUCCAUUCCGAGUCGAACAACUAUGCGAUGGGAUUCAAGAUUUUCCUGAUUGUAAGAAUAUUUCUUCAUCAAGUAAGAAUCCUUUUUGUAAUUUAGCCAUUGUGGUAACUUUAGUUUUGUGAUAGAAUGUAAGAUGCAUGCUUUGAGAUUGUAUAGUUAGAUUUGUCACAAUGUCAAGGAAAUUUAUAUUCCUUUUGAA